GCUCACCCAGAAGGCUAGAACAAUGACAGCAACGGAAACCACCCCAGAACAGCCAGAUGAGCAAUCCGGCCCGGACCCAUUCCUGCCAUUUGAUGACAAUAGACCAGCGUCUGGUCCUAUCUUGACCUUUCGCGCGUUGCUGGUCGGGAUCCUCUGCGGCACUCUCGUCAACACGUCCAACAUCUAUCUCGGUCUGAAAGCUGGGUGGACAUCGUCGGCCAACAUCUUCGGCUCUGUCAUCGGCUUCGCCGUUCUCAGAAAAUGGUCCAAGUCAUCAUCCUCCAGGCAGGAAUUCGGGCCCCAUGAGAACAAUAUUGUCCAAACCGCGGCUACAGCUGCAGGAGGACUGUCGAAUGUUUUCGUAUCGGCCGUUCCGGCAUUAUAUCAGUUAGGACUUAUGGACACGCCCACUAAGGAUUAUUUUCGCAUCGUCAUAUUGACAGCUAUUGGUGGAUGCUUCGGUCUGCUAUCAGUUGCUCCGCUCCGGAAGUUCUUCCUCAUCCAUGUUGCCCGAGAGCUGGAUCUAGUGUUUCCUUCGUCCUCGGCGACAGCAAUGACUAUCCGGAGUAUGCAUCAAGCUAUCGAGGGAGCGGCGAUGGCGCAGCGUAAACUGCGAGCUAUGGUAAUCGCGUUUUCAUCUGCUUUGCUUCUCCGCGUUGUGUCGCAGUACGCGAUAGGUGUUUUCUGGGACUGGCAUGUUUUCACCUGGUUGAUAAAUAGCGGAGUCUUGGUCAAUGUGGCCACCUCUAUGGAGAGCUGGGGCUGGUUUAUCGAAUGGACCCCAGCGUUCAUAGGCUCCGGCAUGCUCGUUAAUGUUAACGUUGCUGUGUCAUUUCUAUCGGGCUCGGUGCUUGCUUGGGGAAUGAUCGGGCCGUAUCUGGUAACCCAGGGUCUUGCCUUUGGGGAGCAUAGGUCGACAGAUCCAAAAUGGUCAGAGUUAAUGUCAUACUCUUCUUUAUCAAGCGAAUUUGCCAACGCCGAUCACCCGAGUCCUCGGUAUUGGUUACUUUGGCCGGGAGUCAUCUGUAUGAUGGCUACGUCCCUUACGGAACUGGCCUGCCAGUGGCGUUUAAUCUGGACUCUUCUACGUGAUUUCACACGGACAUUACUCCAAUGGGUAGCUCAGAUGUUACCAGAAAGGUCUAACUAUCGAUAUACUAUACUAUCGGAGCCGGGUAGCAGCGACACCCUCAGUGAUAAAGAUGAAGGAAUCAAGACGUGGAUGUGGCUUCCAGGGCUCUUAUUUGUAGUGGCAGUAUCAUGCCCUAUAUUAAAGGUGGAGUACGGCAUGCCAAUUGCAGAAACGUUGUUGGCACUCUUCCUUGCCUUUGUUCUGUCACUGCUCGCUAUACAAGCCACCGGAGCCACAGACACAGUUCCUCUCGGCACACUAUCAAAAGUCUCCCAGGUCAUUGUCGCAGGUGUCAGCAAUCAGCCCACCAUCGAGGCCUCGCAGCGACUGAACCUCCUCGGCGGAGCCCUAACCAACAUCGGCGGCAGUCAAGCCUGCGACCUCAUGGGCGACUUCCGCGUCGGCUACCUCCUGGGCACGCCAUCCCUUCCCCAGUACACCGCGCAACUAAUCGGCACCUCCCUCGCCGCCCUAAUAUCCCCCGGAAUAUUCGUCCUCUUCGCGACGGCCUACCCCUGCAUCCUCACCACCGAGAGCACCGCCGCCGCACAGUGCGAAUUCUCCUCCCCCUCCGUCAGCGCCUGGCGCACUGUCGCCGUCGCCAUGACCGAGCCCUCCCUCCCCAUCCCACCAUCCAGCCUCACCUUCGCCAUCGCCAUGUCCCUCCUCGGCAUCAUGGCCGUGCUAACCCGACACUUCCUCUGGCGCGGCAAAUGGGCCCAUAUGCGCGCCUACCAUCCGAAUAUGAUGAUCCUGGCGAUGGCGUUCACGCUGCCCGCGACGCAUUACGGGAUUGCGUUCUUGAUGGGCGCGGUCGCGGCGGUUGUUUGGAGGAGAUGUGCGCCGGCUGGGUUCGAGGCGUUUGGGUAUGCAGUUGCGGCGGGGUUUAUUGCUGGAGAGGGCAUCGGGGGGUCGGUGAAUGCGGCGAUGUCGAUUUUGGGGAUUGGAGGGAGGAGUUUUGGGUCGGGGGUUGGGUGUCCGGCUGGGGUUUGUUGAUGGUUUUGUAUGUUUGUGUUGGGAGGUGAGUAUGUAGUUUUAUUGUUUUCUUCGAGGGACUAUAAGGGAUGUACUUGGAUUAC